CUUCAGGCACUGGGACAGGAGUCCGCCAGCCAUCACCAUCGUGAUCAUGUCAUCGGCGUGAAUGCCGUCACCUUAUCACCUUGAGCACCAAUAAUGGAAUCAUAUAAAAACAAGGCACCGAGUGCGAGCCGGUUGAUGGUCGCAAGGAAGAACAGGGUCAAGAACAGCACCAAGACCAACUCCACCCAGAAGAGCGGACGGGCUCGCACCUUGCGCGCACAUAAGGUAAAAGAGUAACUUACAGGCAGCUGAUAUGAAUCGGGGGCAUCUUCUGGGGGGCUACUUUAUGAUAAUGCGCCUGAUCGUCGGACUUCUUACCAUCUGCCGCGGCCCUUAGUAGAGUACGCUGGAGACCGCCGCGACGAUGUGAAAGACGUGCGCGAAAUCUUUGCGAAAAGUUGCCGGGGCUGGUCUUCGUUGUCUCUUUGCUUGAAAGGCCAAACCAGGCGCCGAAGCGCCUGGCGCUGCUUUUCGUUUGUUUUGUGUUUCGUCGUUGGUGGCAGCCUCGGCGCCGGUUCGUUGUGGACCGCUCGCAUGCCGCUGGCAUCGGCGCCGCCCCGGGUGCAGGCGUGGCGUGCUUGUGUGAGCCCCCUGGGGUGUAGGACACCGGGGCGGAGGACAGGGGAAACGCAGGCGGGGGAGCGGUGCCACCAUAAGCCGGCGGCGGCCAUCUUUCCACGCUUGAACGCCUCCAGCGGUUGCCUCUUUUGUCACUUUAGAAAAAAAAAAAUCUUGGCGAGAAGUUCGCGAAGUCUUUAAAAAAUCCUCGCGGAAUCUUUCCGAAAAGAUAAGAGAACGAAGCGCACGGGGUUCCAACAUGGUCAAGACUUGCAAAUCUUCCGCAAACAUUUCGCGAAGAUUCUGGGGCUUUUGCCUUCUGUGUUUUUUUGGUGAAGGCAUGAAAAUGGACCGCCAAGAACAACCUCGCGACAAUUUGCAGCGGGAGCGCAUAAGGCUCCGCGUCUUCCGAGUUUGUUCGUGGCGGUCCAUUUUCGUGCCUUCGUCUUUGGUGUGGUGUUUUUGCUCCUCGGUGUUCAAGCGUGGAAAAAUGGCCGCCGCCGGCUUAUGGUGGCACCGCUCCCCCGCCUGCGUUUCCCCUGUCUUCCGCCUUGGUGUCCUACGCUCCAGGCAGGGGGCUCACACAAGCGCGCCGCGUCUGGGUUCUUGUGUGUUCUCACUUCUGCAAAACCUCUGCAAUAUGGGCGGCGUUUAUGCCUGGGUGUGCUCCAGUCUAUCCAUCGGGGGCGGCUUGAUACUUGCGCACAGUAUGGAUCUGCGGCCGCUGCCCCGGUGCUUCUCUUUGUUUCUUAGUUACUUUGGUCGGCCUCUCUUAAUUUUUCGUCGCCUUUCGUGUGUGACUCUCCAGGCGAUUUAUUAGAAGCCUGGCUGCGGCCGCUCGCCGCUUGUCGGUCCAGGGCCCCCGCCUUGCGUAUUUAUCUCACACAUGCCAAACCAGUGCGCGCGGUGAGCGCAGGCAGAGGGAGAGGCCAACUCAAUAUAAGACGCCGCGCCGCAGCUUCUUGAAUUUGGACCACACACCGCACGAAGCCGACAGCCAAGCCCCCGGCUGGCCUCAAGCCGCUGGCCGCUUUGGGUUGGUUGCUCUGCACAAUGAAUCAUCCACCCACGCAAAAGGCAGGCGGGGCGAGCUACUCGCUCGCGUGGCCUUGGGUCUUUUGUGAGUUGUAGCGUGAAUUCCACACAAGGCCGCCAGCGUGGACUGCGAGCGGCGCAAGCCAAAUUCGGCGGGGAAGCUGACUGACGCAGACCACGCCACCACGCCCCCCAGCCCAUGCAGCCAAAGAAAGCAACAGGGCGGGAGUGGGUUCGUUUAUCCACGUGGCGUGGGUAGUUCGUCUCUCUCUUGAAUCCAAAGUAAGCGGGCCCGCUUGGCGGGUCUUGUGAGUGUAGCGCUGUGGUUACGUAGCAGCGGCGCGGACGUGAGUGCCUGGCGCGUGUGGUGUAGUCUGGUGGCACGGCGCUAAACCCACACGGGGCUGGCGUCUGACCACCUCAGGCCUCGCGCCGACGUCCCUCCAAAUUUGGCCAGGCUUGGGCCGGCUACUCGGGUGCCUGCUUAAUCAUUCAAGACGCAGCCAUAGCCCGCAAGUGUUCCAGUCCGCCUGCCUUGGUAGAAGGUGCUGUCUCUUUGGGUUGUAGCUCGUGGGCGGCCUAAGUAAGUUGGAGGCCUGGUCUGCCUGGUUGCAUUGGGUCGGCCCUCUUCACAAUUCGGAGAGAACCCGGAACAGGAAGGGCCACACACGGUUUGCAGGCUUGUCGCUGCUUGCCUUCCGGCUCGAAGCGGGCGGGGGGCCUAUGCUUCGAGCGAUUAGAAAGCCACGAAAAGCGCGACGCGUAACGGGCUCACAAUCAAAGGGGGGCGAAGUCAUAAGGGGGGGCGCAAGGGUAUCAUGAGGGCCCUGAAGGGUAUUGCAAGGGGGUGGCCUAAGGCUGAUAAGGGUCAGCGUAACGGCCCAAAGCCAAAGGGGGGCGCAAGGGGGGGAGGGUCCGCCAUAGAAGAAUAAGGAUGGGCAAAUGCUUUUUAUUUUAUAUGUUUUGGGGCUGCACGGUGCCCCCCCUUCUUGUGGUGUGGUCUCUCUGUGGUGGCGCUCGCGCGCUCUUUUCCGCAUUGAUUUUCGCGGAUGCUAUUGGUGGAAGGCGUCAAAACUGGGCGUGGGUGUCCCCUUGCGCCUCUCUGCAGCAGGGACCUCGGUCCCCUUUGCUGAUCCUCGCAGGCUGGAGGCCUCCGGGGUAAGAAGCCGCUGAAGGCAGCCACGGCCCCAAGAGCAAGCAAGCCGAUGACCAAGGGCCCGGAGGGCACAGGCUGCACGGCUCAGGGGGUCCAGCCCCUCGCCUUUUGCCGCCUUCGGAGGCCUUCCACACUUGGCGCCGGCGCCGGCACUGCUGUGGCGACGAAGCAUACCGGAGGCAUGUAGGGCACAGGCAGGCUGCCGGGAGGGCGUGGAGGCGGUCCUUACCUUGCUUGGGCCCCUUUAAUUAUUCGAAGUAAGCCUUCCUUCCACCUACCUCGGAGGCCUGUAGGGUCCAGCCAGGUUGAUGCUCGGUAGCUGGAAGGGAGUGGAGAAGGCCCCGGGGGCCCCUUUUGAGGCCUCUCACCCCCGGCAGACGCCUGCAAAAGGGGCCUGGGGCUGCACGGUUCCCCCCUUGCGCUAGGGAGGGCACCGUCGCCCGGCGCCCUGGAUCGCAUCCAUUAAUUCUAAGUCGACUGCUAUCACUAUUAACUCGACUACUACUGUUAUUAUUUUUUUAACUCGACUUCGACUACUAUGACUACGUCACAUCUAGCACUAACUUGACUACUAGGACUAUGACUGUAUAGAUCGACCAUUAGUGCUACUUGCGACACUAUAGAUCAUUUCUCACGACGCAAUAUAGGCCAAAAGGACCAGGGCGCAUGCGCGUCAGUGUCUUGAAUCCGAAGCCAAGCAAGCGGAAGCGGCCGCCAAACAAGCGGCCCGCCGCAGUUCUGCUCUUAGAAAUGGCACGGUACUUGUUGAUGGAAAAUAUCCUGCAAUACCUCUCCUCAUGCUAGACGCAUUCCCCCACUCACUCACUCACUCACUCAAUUAAUCACUCACUCAGCCAGUUAUCGGCUAGAGCCGUUGAAAGAUGAGGAUAGCUCUAGGUGUUGUGGAGUUUUGAGUUUGUUGCUUGGAUUGAAGUAUCCCCAUCUUGUCGUUUCCAACGCCAGCGAGUCUAGAAAUCGCCAACAAUAUGCACUAGGUAAAAAGAACCAGCAGCAGAGCGCAUCUUCCCAGAAAAGCCGCGUCGUCCAGACAAGUACUGAAUAUCCAGCGCGGUUCUGCCGCUUUUGGUUCAGCUGCCCUCCUCUGGGUUCAGCAGGUGCAGGGGCCGCAGCGUGUGUUCGUCCUUGGUCUCCAGCAGGGUGCUCAGCAUGAUGCCCCCGCGCGGUCUUUGGCCAUUGACAGCCAAGCGGAAACGGCUGGAAUUAUGGGCGGCUUUCUUCUCUCGAUUCAAUAGGGUGCUUCGUAGUUGUGUAUCAGAUCAUAGGACGCGACUUCUCUAAUGAGAGGCGCCUAUCUCUACCAAGUAGGAACCGAGGGCAAGGACUUGCAUCACGUUAGGAAAUUUGUCGCCAAGAGUUUCAGCCUCUAGAAUAUAGCCCAACAAGACGAGGCAGGGCCCAGGGGCGUGCAGCCUAGUAAAAAUAGUGCGGCAGUUUGCUGCUACAGUUAGUACUGAGUGACACUACAACCGCGACCACUUUUACAAUGAAUAGCACGGGGUGACAUAGUCGAUAGAUAUUAUAGGUGAGCCCUCCCCUAGUACGUUUACAACAGAACUGACCACUACCAGCUUCUUCGCCUAAUUCUAUCUCGACAAGCAUCACGAACAGCGAGGAACACAACGCCAGGACGAAUUCGCCUCGCCUGCGUGGUUCUUUGAUUUUUCGCCGAAAUGACACGCAGGCCAAGUCGCCCAGCUUGAGAGAUGAGGGCUCGAAGGUAGAGAUGGAAAAUGACAAGAGCAGCAAGGUGAACGACAUCAAGCCGCCUAACCUGCGUGGGUCUGCAGUUUUUCUUCAAGAAGAGCCGCCUUGUGGGAAGGGUUCCAGUUUUUGUGGCUGUGCUUCAGAUGAACUUACGACACUACGCUCACUCUGACUCUCUGACUCUGCUGAAUCAGUAGAGGCGUAUCAAGUAGGUGCGACCCCUCUGCGAGUGAGUUAGUAUAGCUAUCGCCGGUAGUAGUGGCAGUAGUAUAGUAUGCAGCACUUGUUUGCUAUUACUAUUAUAGAAUAGUUUAUAGACGGUGGGAAGGUGGGCACGGUGGGCGACGCUGGGCCGCUGGGCGGCCACGCUUGGCACGGUGGGCGGACCCUUGGCACACAUGAGGGGCACGGUGGGCGCACGCUGGGCGCGUAUAGCGUUGGCCCGCUGCUUCUGCCAAUGUACAGGGCCGCAGUCGAGGGCAGCGCGGCGCUGUGCUUCUUCGCGGAGCGGCCACGUUCUCGCUGCUUGCGGUGCUUCGCUGCUGUCUGCAGUGCCGCCUGGGUGUGUAGAGAAGAGUGCGGCGCAGCGCUGCAAUGGGCCUCAGUGCUCUGCUGCAAUGCGCGGCCAGUGCUGCUGAGGGAUAUUCCCAGGCGGGCCAGUAGGUUGGCGCCCCGAUUCGUAUGCAGCUUGCUGCGGAUCCAGGGCGCAUGCGCUUACUAUGCAGGGGGGCUUCAGAAAUAGGCGCCCGAAGGGCGCCCCGAUUUUUGGCACAAAGUCUCACGGUGGGCGCGCGGUGGGCGACAUCUUUGGCAGAUAGCCCACUUUUGGGCCGCCCAGCGGCCCAGCGUGGCAAGCGUGCCCACCGAUCCAAUUCUGGAGAGGCUAUAAACUUUCCUACGUAUUACUUUUGUUGCAAGAACUCCAUGAUGCAGCUGUGAAGAUGUCCCAGGGCAAGCACUAAGCUCUGAACGCCCCUACUUAUAGCUCCCUGCUUUUUGCCUUUUUUGUUCCCAUGCCCUUCACCUUUCACACAGUGGGCAUUUCUUCUGAGUAGAGUAGCUUGAAUUGAGUCGGCCGUCUUGAGUUGUCGCCGGUCUUGAGCUCCUCUAGUGCGGACGGCGCACCAAAGUAAAAACUAUGUUUAUCAAUCCUCGUCUUCUUAAUGAAAGGGAAGACUUUUCUUUCUUGUAAUAGCCAUAACUUCUAAGAAUUUGGAAUCGGUGCAGAUGCUCUCGACGGCCAACCCGAGGGAGAAGGCUGCGCUCCGAUUAAGGCUCAACUACGUAGGUCUAGUUCAGUUUUACAAUACGAGGCAUUCCAUCUCGCUCCCGACCUCCUUCCCAGCCCUAGGAUUGGGAGAAGUAAAGGCGUCACUCAUCUUCUUCGUCAUCAUCUUAGGACUGUUCUGAGCAAAUGUCUUCAGGAACGAACAAGCGCAGUGGCGUGACUGCUUUGCGCUCUAAUCAGCGAACUGUGUCAAUUCGAGAAGUAUUCGCUCAGGAAAAAGUGGGACUCGAUGACAAGGUGGCUCGGCCUCAGCGAGGGCGCGUGCGUUAAAAGCCUCGCAGUGGGUGCCUAUGUUUAUGAUGGGACGAGAGAGAAGAAGGCACUUGCUAAUGCUUCUGGCAUGUGCGUUCGAAGUCUUGAAGCAAGCGAGUAGGUAGCUGAAUAUAUAGCUGAGCAGCUGUGUCUUACCCUUAGAAGAUUACCGCCUGGGACUCUCGUGCGUUUCCGUUUUUCGUCAUCCCCGCCUUGGUUGCUCGUUUAGACCCUAGCUUGCUAGGGUCUGCCCAGCAUUAUCAUUGCUAUGAGGCGUUUCUUGAUGCUUCGCUGCGGGGGGAGCAAUCUAGUUGCUCGGAGCUUACUUUUGGCCUACAGCGUUCGAAAAGUUUGCUGCAGCGUUUUCGAACACUUCGACACCGGAAGGCCCAACCCUUUCGCGCAAGGGUAGCCACGUUUGAAAAAAGCGCGACUCUUUUGCAAAAAAUAGCGGCUUUUUUCGAAUGAGCCGAACCUCUUCCAAAUUCGAACUUUCAGAACCAUUCCCGAACCGUUCGAAAGUAUUCGCCAAGCCGUUCGAAAAUAUUUCGAACGCUGUAGGCAUUUCAUCGACCGCACGAAGCAGGCAGGUUCUUCUUUGCUGCCUUUUCUAGUUUGUCUGUUCAUAGGAGGGGGCUUUCUCGUCUAAUCUUUCUUGCGCUACAACGGUGUGAACUGGCUCACAUCGUACACGCCGGAGACGCAGGCUGUGGAUUUUCAUGCGUUACCUUAAGGCAAGAACUAAGGCAGGAACCUAGCUAAGCUUGCCUAUAUCCCAGCCCCGUGGCUGGGCACACUGCUACUGCUACUGCUAGAGACGACCACCCCACGCGCAGCGUGGUAGUUUUUGCUUAUCGGCUCUCAAAGGGAACAGAAGGGCGUGAAGAAUGGCGGCGCCAUCCCUCUCUUCUACCUCUUGUGUGAAUUCUGGCGGGAUAUGUAGAAGCAUUACUCACAGGGGAUGUCUACGAUAUUCAUCGCGCCGAACUGUUACCCCAAGAACUCCAAAUAGGGAAAGUAGCUAAUGGCACUUUUCUAGGUAGAUCGUCUCCAUAUACAUACACGAUAGGUAUAGACAACUGGCGCGACUUGUAGGCGCUCUACUAAUUCCCAGAGGAGUACACUGAUGUCAUCGAGAGCAAGGCCGGCCCCGUGCAGUGGUCACAUAUCUUGGACGAGUAUAAGCGACUUCUUGCGCUCUCAAAGUCCUCCAAAAGUACGAAGCCAGUGGUGAAGCCGCUCCCGCCUAUGUACAGCGCAAGAAAUGGCCUCAGAGUGGCCUUCUCGCUCGGUCUAACUAUGAAGAUUCCAAACAUGCUGCAAAAUUAAGGCUUCCCGGGGUAGAGGCAUUAUUCCUAUCGAUUUUCUGAAAUUUUGUUCAGCGAACUCUACUCAUCUUCUCAGGGUCGAAGUGCGCACUUUCUGUCAUUUACCACUGGGCCUCCCCUCCCACGUCCUCGAUGAAAGGCAUUGGGCUCGCCCGGGUCUGUGGUGUCUAUCGUUGUGCCUGAGCUUGUGACUUGAUUUGAAGCACGCAGUUUGAGCUUGUGGUGUAGCGCUUUGAGCUUGUGGCUUGUGACUGACUUAGCUUAUUGUUAUUCUAGAAUAAUUUGUAGAGCGGAAGUAGGGUGGGCUUAGAUGGAUCGGGUGGGCCCCUCUAAGUCUUCCGAGGAUCCUACUUGACAUGAUGGGAAGCCCAUCCGGUCCAUCCCGUCCUGGAUCUGGCGCCCCUAUGAGUUAUUACAUUACCCAUAUAACAGGCCUAGCGCGUUACUUUAGCAAUGCGCUAUAGAUGCAUGCUGGUUGGAUUCUAGCACUGCUCUAGGAAGAUUUUGCUUUGUAUAUAAAAUAACGUGUUGCUGAAGCAAUACGCUGAAGCGGCCAUAGUUCACCGCAACCAAUGGCGUACAACCUUCGCCACGCUGCUCUAAGAGAAGUUCUGCGAGGACGUGGCCCAAAACGGUGGCAAUAGCAAAGCAUUUAUGACGCGUCCGAUUUUGUGGCUGCUUCGACGGUCUUCCAAGAGCAAGAGUGGCGUCACGUCGAAGCAACUGCAAGAGAGCUGCAGCCUCCUUCUUAAGGCCUCCUCGAUCAUUGGCUCUAGAAGUUAGGCGUGAGGCCCUUCCCGUUCCCAGUUUGGAUUGCCAUGAUUCUUGUCCCCAUUGUCUUUGCCUAGGUAGUAGUCUUAGUUUUCUACGACUCUAAAUUCUUGCCAAAGGUCCGAGAUUUGAUUGCGGAGGGGGCGCAAACAGUGGCGCAGAGAAGUGCUGUGCUGUUUUUUCCCACAGGGGCGGCUGACUCUCGUCGCAUCUAUGCCAGGCUCACCAGUGGAGCCUUGAAUGACUUCAAUGAAGGAAAACGAGGAACAACAGAAGUCGGGGGGGUUAUGGCGUUGGCGCUGAUCUCAAUUUCUCUCACUGUUGUUGAGUCAGUGAGGCUCUUCACCGUGGUAAGCAGUUCAAAUCCUCACUCUCAAUAAAUAAAGCAUCGACCUACUGCUUCAGCGACUACUUGUGUUUCUUUUUCUUAUCUUCGUACUACUGUAGAAGAAGCUUGGGGCAACUACAGCAGGAACUUCUUCUAGGCGUGAUAAGUUAGCAGGGGCUACGCCACCGCACCAAGUGAAACACAGAAGGGAGAACAACUCAGCAACAACAUGAGUGGCCGCCCAGUCCUUCUAGUCGUGUUCUUUCGUAAUCCAUUCAGUAUCUCCUCCACCAUCUAGUAGAUACUUUGGAGCGAGCGCGAGGCAAGCCAGUAGACUCUCACCCUUCUAAGUAGCACGAUGAAGCAACGGUGACGGGCCUUUCAAAAACGGAAAUGGCCAUCCAGCAAGACAUGAAAGCGCAGACGCCGCAUUUGGUCAAUACUGCGGUGAGUGAGGACGGGAGCAGCGCUAGUUCUCUUACGGCUAAUCUCGUCGCGAGUAUCAUCUAGUCAAUACAUUUACAGGCCGAGACGGAGACCAGCAGCAAGUAGAAGGUGAAAGAUUCAGAUGGAAGCCCAUAGGACUAUGAGUUUGUAACUUGUUCAAUGGAUUUGGAUUCUAGUACGCUGUAAAAAUGUGCGAACGUCUUCAAUUUUAGGCCUUUCGUCAUCUAUUUCUAACAAUUCUUGCUGUGAGCAUUGCGGAGUGGCGGGCGUUUAUGACCGUCUUGCGCGUCUGUUCUUUCAAAGUGACGCAAGCACUUGGUAUCGCAGCCAGGCCACCUCUUCAUUCAUUGCGACGUCCUCCGCGCUGUCUGCGACACAAGUAGAAGGAGGCGAGAGCACUCUGCAGGCCGUCGAAGCUCUGGCGCAUACGGAUGGGGGUGAUUGAUUCUAUACCUGAAAGCUUGGCACAAUUUGGCUGGAAAUUUUGCGAAAAAUGCAAAAUCUGCAAAAAUUUCUGAUGACAGAGCACGCCGCUUGAGAUUGUGAAAAGCCUGUGCUCCAAUGUCCCCAAGUCUUGCGACCGGCAGGACGCUGUCGAGGCUUUCGGUCUCAGUUGGCUAGGAUCUAAGGAGAAUUGUCUGAGGAGUGACGAGCCUGACUGCUGCAGUAGCGCGGCCAAGAAUGCGAGCGAUUUACGCGCACGCAAAAACAGAAGCACAGCGAGGGUUAGCUGGCAAACAGCUGCGGACGUGGAGCCGCCCGCGCGGUCCCGGGGCUCGGCUGACCGUUGACAAUCUGCAAAACUGGAGUCGGGGCGAGUGCUGCUAAUUCUUGAUCUUGUGGCUGCUGCGCUUCCACCUGAGCGAGAAUCUGCUGGCGAAGCGGCUCGGCCUCGCUCGUACCGCCUCAGGGAGUUCCGGCUGAGGGCCUCUACUUUUCGUUUGUUAUCGGCUGCGUGCCCCCCGUGUCUGCCACAAUCCCGCCCAUCCAGCUGCAGAAGGAAGACCCAGCGCCCGCAGCUCCCAAUCUGCAACACUCGCGCCGAUGGAUAAUUCCACGCGCGCGCAAAUGAAAUGAAAAAGAACGCUGGAGGCACCCACUUCGCGCAUGACUAUACAAACGCGUGAGCCUUCGGCGAACUUGAGCAGGGUCGUGGCUCGUCCAUUUUUCUGCUCUUUGUCUCUGUAUUAAUCCACUUUUCUUUUCCCGCCUGCCUGUUCCAGCUUGCUCUUGCAGCUUCCGCCCCCUUGUGAUGCUUGUUGCGAAUCAUUUAUUAAAAAUCCAGGGCCACGGGGGUGCCGGACAUUCGCGAAGGCUUUCGACAUGCAUCCCGAUCCGCAGAGCAUACCUCGGUAGAGCAAUGAACUGCCGCGACGAAAAAAAAAACGAGACGGACUCUCUCUCAUCCAAAUUUCUGGCCAAAUUGUGCCAAAUUUUCGCACUAGGGACCAUCAGGGGGAGGAUCUAAUAAAGCGACGCUGAGGGAGGACGACGGCGAUCCGUGGACGUGGCGGGAUAGUGUCGAGCUCGCUGGUCUCAUCUUGUUCUAUGUUACAUUUUUUGUCGGAGGACCAACAGCACUAUUUCUCUAUCUCUUUCGCUGA